GGUGCGCGCCUGCCCCUGCCGAAUUUAGAGGCUACCAAGCAGUGAAGACCCCUCGCCUGGUCGCUGUCUCUCCCCCCGCGGUAGCCGGAAUUGGACUUCGGCUUUCCAGCCUGCGGCUCCUUCACCACCUCGCUUCCCACCCGUGCCCCCGGCUUCCCGGGAUCCGAAUUUGUAGGCCUCUUAAAGGGUCCCAGUUGCUCUUCGCCCGGUGCUCCAGAGUGGAAGUGGGGGUCCUGGACUUUGGUCCCAGACGUUGAGGAUCGGAAUGGCUUCCGUGCUCAUCCGAGAGGCCAAGGAAGGAGACUGUGGAAAUAUCCUGAGGAUGAUUCGGGAACUCGCUGAGUACGAGAAACUGUCCGACCAGGUGAAGAUCAAUGAAGAAGCCCUGAGAGCAGACGGCUUCGGAGAGAAUCCUUUCUUUCACUGUUUGGUAGCAGAGAUUCUUCCUGCCCCUGGGGAGCCACAGGGGCCUUGCAUGGUGGGCUAUGGGCUGUACUACUUCAUCUAUAGCACAUGGACCGGACGGAAUAUUUAUCUGGAAGACAUCUACGUGAAGCCAGAAUAUCGGGGUACUGGGCAAGACUGGGGUGGGAAGAAAUCAUCACCCCAUAGACCACCCCAUCUUUUGCCCCUUAAUUGUAGCCUGUGGUCUUUUCUGAUCCCCUUCAACUCAGACAAUCCCUCUUUUUGCUUUUUUCUCCCUACAUCAGGUCAGGGGAUUGGUUCCAAAAUAAUCAAAAAAGUGGCUGAGGUGGCCCUGGAUAACGGCUGCUCCCAGUUCCGCCUGGCAGUCCUGGACUGGAACAAGAGGGCCGUGGACUUGUACAAGGCCCUAGGAGCCCGAGAUCUGACGGAAGCGGAAGGCUGGCAUUCCUUUCGCUUCGAGGGAGAGGCAAUGAGGGAGUUGGCAGGAAAGUGACAUUAUCCCUUGGGGAUCACUCUUUUGGCUUCUCCAUCCCCUCCAGCUCAAGCACUCCUCAGAGACUGUCUCUACGGACCAAGGCCUCCCUGAAGGAAGGAGGAUUGGUGGUGAAUAGUCCCAAAGGGAAGAGGCAGAAGUGAGGAAGAGGCCUUGCCACCCCCUUGUUCAGGGUGAAAAAUAAAUGAGAAUCUCUA